AGCUUACAAGUUGUACAAGUUAAGUAACAAUGAAAGUUCUUCUCGUUUUGUCAGUUUUUUGUGCUUUAACCAACGCAGCUCCAAGUGCUGUUUUAACGCCACUUCUCGCAAGAGUCGAAGGAGAGGCUCCAGCAUCAACAGUUCACGCAGCUCAUGUUGUUCAACAAGUCGUGCCACAACCUCAAGUUAUUUCAUACAGUUUACCCUCUGCUGUUGUUCAUGCACCAAUCAUUACAGCUUACAACUUACCCAGUCAUAUCAAUAGAAUAAAUUUUGGCAAACUUUUUUUUUGUAAAUAUUUAUUUCAAAAAUUCUCAUCAGAACUUUAA